CAGUUCUCUAUAACGCGGUCCUCGGGAGCUGGCCGGGAAGAAAGGAUCCCAGCAGAAGGUGCCGCCACCGGGAACCGAGGACUGGGGGUGUGGGGGAGCCUGGGAACUUCCCCGCCUUCCUCUCCAGCCGCUUUGUUUCCCCAGCCUCUGCGCUCCUGGCUUCUCUAGGGGGGCUCCAGCCCGGGCUGGGGUGAAGGCGGCUAGAGGAAGGUUUCCUUCUUCCCCCUUCCGGGGCGUUGCAUCAUGCCCCACUCCCCUGACCGGGUGGCUGUCUACACCAGGACUCGCGGAGGACCCAGGAGUCCGGUGGCGGAGCUGAACGCGUGAGCAGACGAAAGAAAGGGCAAGAAGACGAGACUUCGAGAUCGCUGGGGAACCGGCGGGGGACGCCCCGAAGAAGAAACCUCCCGUCGAGGGAGGGGCAAUGUUCUCCUUUUCUGCGGGGCCUUUGGGAAACGUGGGUACCAGACCGGUGGGAAGAGGACCCUCCCUGUGGGUGACCCUCCAGGCUUCCCCAUGGAGACCUUACGUCCCGCAUCCCGGCCAGCCGUCCAGGCCGCUCCCCGGGCAUCUCCAUGCUCCCCUACACCCCGGAAACCACGCCGGGGCCCGCAAGAGUUCUCUCCUCUUUGCCUGCGCGCCCUUGCCUUUUGCGCCCUCGCCAAGCUGCGGGCCCCCCAACUGGGCCUCGUCCACGGGCUGGAGGGAGUGGCCGGGGACAGUUGUUUGGGGGAGCUGGGGCCGCGGGCGUCAGUUCUCGUGGGCCCUCUUUGCGGGGGCAGCCGAGCCCGGGAAAGCCUGAAGUGGGGGCCGGCUAAGCCCGGCACGUCGGCAGGUUAUUCUAGCGAUUCGGAUUCUACCAGAGCCGGUGACUUUUCAGACGGCGAGGACUUGGGCGUCCGGGUGCCGAGUUGCAGUAGCGAGGAGGAGGAAGAUCGUGGACAGCCGAGUAUUUGCUUUCGUAGGGCCGCGCUAGCCUGCCCUCCAGCUCUUCCCCCACUUCUGGAUUCCCCGUCUUCUCCUGCCCGAUCCAUCCCCAGCCUGGUCCCGCAGCUCAAUAAUUCGUCCGUCUCCACCGCCAUUCUGCCCCAGGCGUCCAGUCCCCAGUUGCUGCCUUCGGACCCCGAGAUUGGCCAGCCGGAGCUGGGAGCUCCGAGAGUGGAGUCCCAGCAGUUGCCUCUCAGCGAGAGGGACGAGGUCAAAGCUGCCUCCCCUGAGGGCAUGUCACCCACUGUGCCCUCUGAGACCUCAGACCCUAGCCCCCAGACUGCUGCGGCCGGUGGCACUCCGGCCCCCUUGGGCGAUCCCCGGAGGGAACAUUUCGAUCGCUUGAUUCGCCAGUCGAAACUCUGGUGUUACGCGAAAGGCUUCGUGCUGGACGGGCCGAGCUUGCGAAGAGUGUCUGACCGUCCGGCCUCGUCCCCAACGAAAGCCCAGGCUGGGGGACCGGUAAAAAAACGCCGGCGGCCCGUAGCUCCCCCGCGCAGCGCCCAGGUUCGCCGUCCCCCGGCGUCGCUCCCGACCAAAAGCUCCUUCAGUCUCCUGGCCAACUUCCCUUGUCCUCCAGCCCUGGUGGUGGGGGAAGACGGGGAUCUGAGGCCCGCAUCCUCGCUAAGGCUUUGUGGCUCCUCGCGACCGCCCCCAGCCCACCCUCUGUGGAGAUGGCAGCUAGGAGGACCCGCCAUCCCCGAACCUCCCGGCCUCAAAUUCUGGGGGCGCACACUGGAGAGGCUCUGAAUGGGGAGGGGGUUCCUCAUAUUCUCUCCUUAAAGCGGGGAAGUUGCAGGGGUCUGCCCAUCUGGAGAGGGUGGGCAGAGAGCCCUACAUAACAUGCUUCUCCAAACUCCUGCUCUUCGCUGGGCAUCUCCAAGUGUGGCAGGGAGCCUGAUGGAGUCAAGGUGAAGUACCCAGCUAUCUCUCCUCUCCCACUCCAGCGGCACCUCAUCCUCGGAGGAGAGGCAUGGAGAGCCUAGCUCCGGCUCUGGCUUCUUUCUGGCUUGUAAGGGGGUGGAGUGCGGGGAACGCCUCGGGAAACCUGCUCCGAGUUAUUUAAAGGAAAGACCCCGGGGAUAGAGAAAAAAAACAAAACACUUCUGUUCCAGCG